UCUAAAGCAUACAAGAUUGACAUGGCCGGUAAUAUUUUCAAGAGAAAGCCUACAGUAACUGCUAGCUCAGAUCUCAAGAGGGUCUCAGGGACUGAGGCUGCUCAAGCUCAGUCCAGUUUCAACAUAGAGAAGAUAACAGAUAUACAGAAUCACUUUACAAGGGGAGAGGUUCUACUAGUUCCUGGUCGACUUUUUAUCAGGGAAGGUAGCCUCUGGAAGAUUUGUCGAAAAGGGCCAAAGAAACGUCAGUUCUUUCUCUUCAAUGAUAUCCUAGUCUAUGGCUCCAUACUCAGUCGUGGUCUUUAUAGCAAUCAACACAUCCUCCCUAUUAGCAGUAUGACUGUGUCUUCAAAAUGUCACUAUAUGCCUCAGGUGGAGCUGGAAACUGUAGGAGAGGGAGGAGGAAAGGAAGAACUAGACCCUGAUAAUGCCUUUCAGAUCAAUCAUGCUGAUAAAUCAUUUCACGUCUUUGCACUAACAAAAGCUGACAAGACCAACUGGAUAGCUAAUCUCACUAAGCAAAUAAAUAAACUAAACAAAGAUGCUGAAGACACAACAGCAAUGCUCUAUAAGGCAGUAUGGGUACCUGAUUCAGUCACUAAUCAAUGCAUGCUCUGCAAACAAAAGUUCUCAGCUUUCGUUAGAAAGCACCACUGCAGAAUGUGUGGGCGUAUCGUCUGCUCCCAAUGCUCACCUCAUAAAGCAGAUAUAGCGCAGCUAUCGGGUGCAAAGCCUAGUGGUAAAACUGAACGUGUUUGUCACCAGUGUAACAAGCCACUGGUAUUAUGUGUGGGAGGAGAGAAUGAUGCACUUGAUAGUACUAAAGUUGUAGGUCCACCUGUAGAUAGUAAGCCGAGAGAGGAGGAGGGAGGGAAGGAAGAUGGCGAUGAUAACGACAGUACAGAGACCGAGGAUUCCGAUGAUUCAGAGGCUGAAGAACUUCCCGUUCCUCCUCCUCGCAAGAAAAAGCAGCAAAAAGAAGACGGAGCUAUGAAACCCAAACAAGCACCUCCCCCUCGUCCUGCUCCUCCUAAACUCUCUCCGGCAGCAGCUACUGGAAAGAAGGUCCCACCUCCGAGACCACAGAGUGGCCCACUAUCAAAGUCUCCUCCUCCUCCUGCUACUACUAGCGAGCCUAGCCCUGUACCGUUACCACGGAAACAGACCACGCCUACCAUUCAAAGGAAGGAGGAGGAGCCUGCUGUUGUCGUGGUGGAGAAACCGGUUGCGCCAAAGAGAACAAAAUUAUUGACAGGAGGAACGCAAAACCAAUUGAAGGAAGAAGAGAGAAAGGACGACAGAGUGAAAGAAGAAAAGGAAGAGAAAGAAGAGACAAUAAAAGAGGAAGGGAAGGAGGAGGAGGAGGAAGAGGUACAGACGAUAGAAGAGGAAUCACAAGAACCAAAUAACGAAUUGAAUGCCCCCACCACUGACACUGAAGAAGCUCCUCCCACUGAAGAAGCUCCUCCCACUGAACAAGCCCCUCCCACUGAACAAGCUCUUCCCACUGAAGAGUCUGAAACCAGUCCAACUGAAGGAGUUACUACAGAAAGUGUCAGUGAUGAUCAAAGUCCAUCCAGUGGGCCUGUAUCAACUGAAAGUCAAACCGAAACGAAUAAAAAGGUACCAGUAAAUAGAAGAAAGAAAUACCAAAGUGAUACUAAUGAUAGUGCUUCUACUGCUCUUGAUACAAAGACCACACAAGCCUCACCCCUUCCACCUGGAGGACGAAGCCCGUCAGUAAAUGCACGUCCAAGAAAAUCGAAAUUUGCUCCAGCAAAUAACACCUGAACACAAAUCUGAACAAUAGUCCAUCGGAAUAGCAUUAAAAUCACUGUUACAAUUAUUAUUAAUAUUAUUAUUUUUGAUGUUAUUUUCUUGUCUGCUAAUUCACUGU